AUGUCUCCUCCAGCCUUUAUCGUUGCAUCGACCUUGGGUUACGUGAGCGUUAUGCUACUUUUGAACGUAAUAUCGGAUUGGGGUUUCCCUGCAUGCUACGACCCGGCCAAGUGUUUCGAUUACGAUUACGAACUCGGCAGCAGCUUGCAGAAAUCCCGUGACCCCUGCGAUGACCUCUUCGAGCACGUCUGCGCGCACUUUCGGUUUCGUCACCCUUUGGCGAUCACUUGGUUCAGCCUACAGGACUUCCGAAGCAAGGUAACGCUCCACCGGGUCCUUGGCCAGCGUCGUACCUCCAGCCAGUCAGUCUUCGACAAAAUUGCUUUAGGAUAUCAAAGCUGCAUUCGGGUGAUCACUAACGAGGAACACAACGUCCUUACCAUCCGAUCGCUCUUUGCUACUUACAACUUCGACUGGCCCAGUCUCUCCCAGCCGAAAAAUUUUGACUUUCUGGAUGUGUCUGUUGGCCUGCCCCUGGACUACUAUCUUCCUAUACUCUUUGGUUUGGAGGUGAUGCCGUAUUUUCCAACGAAUCAAAAGUACGCGCUCACGUUCACGAUAGGACAAGUGUUUCUCAACCCUGGCUUCCGAAUACUAGAGGGGGGAGCCUUGGCGUAUUGCAUACAGACCUUCGCUUCCGUAAGUCGUGAGAAAGCCGCAGUCAUGGCGAAAAAAAUGUCGACAGUUACGCACGAUCUGGAAUCUAUGCUCGUCGCGUAUGGAGAUCGGGUUGAAAGCAAUUUCACUAAACUUUCCGACAUUCAGAAGUUUUCAGCUGUGACGUCUUCUCGAUGGAUAGACGUCCUGAACAGGCAUUUACCAUGGACACAUCAUGUCACGGCUAACGAUGACGUUUUUGUGUUUAUAUCUUCUCCUUUCCUGUUGAAGCAAGUUAUACAGCAAUACAAGAAGAAGAUGGCAGAUCUAUUUCUGUAUCUUGGAUUCAACCUAAUCGUGGCUCUAGCACCUGCGUUCUCCUAUCCCGUGACAAGCUGCCAAUUUAGCUUGUGGAUGCCAAAAUAUGGGUCUGCACAUACGGAUCUCUGUCUCAGUUCUAUGAUUCAGCUCGCUCCGUUCGCUGUCGCCCGGGCAAUGUUUGACGAGAUACUAGACUUCGCUGCUGUAAACGCAACCACCGACAUGUUCCGCAACAUUCGAGAGGCAACGAAGAAGUCCUUUCAGUCCGUUUCAUGGAUGGCAACGAAGAGUACUAGGGACACUGCAGCGGCGCGUCUGGACGCCCUCAAAGAGCUCGAGGGUUUACCACGCCACCUAUUCACACACAGAGAUCUGGAGGAUUUUUAUUCGUACCUGCCGAGCUUCGACCGUUCGUUCAUCAUCGAUUUCCUGGAAUCGCGUAAUCGAUGGAUGAACAAGACCAAAUCUUGGCUGAAGCCGAAUGCGUCCACUCGUCCUCCUAGUCGUGUUGAAGUGCCCAUGAACUUGAUUGAUGUCAACGCGUUUUACGCUCCACUUUUUCACAUGAUGAUCAUACCAGGUUCUAUUAUGCAACCUCCGUUCCUCGACACUAAAAUGCCAGUAUCUGCUCUGUACGGAAGCCUUGGACGCAUCCUCGGUCACGAACUGACGCACUCGUACGACAGCGUCUUUGGCAACAUCCUUCCAACAGGGGUCGUGCAGGACUGGUACGACCCACAGUCUAGAGCAUCGUUUACGAACAAAUUAAAAUGCCUCAUCAAACAAAUCAACUCUAGGACGGGAGUGCCUACCUUCGGUAAUAACUCCCUGUCCGAGAACUUCGCUGACAAUGCUGGUAUGGAGAAGGCCAUUCUGGCUUUCAACGCCUUGCGGGACAAAGGCAGUUCAACUCUUGGCUACACCCAGGAUCAGUUGUUCUUCAUUAGCGGCUGUUUCGUCUUCUGUGCUAUGAGCAAAACCUACGACUUCAGUUCAGAACAGUAUCCCACGUUCGGCCUUCGUUGCAAUUUGGCCGCCGGGAACUCCGAAAUGUAUAGCCGUGCGUUCUCCUGUCCCAAGGACGCAAAAAUGAACUUUCGUCAGCGUUGUACGUUUCACAACUGA